UCCGGCCAGCCAUGUCUCUGUGGCGCUGCCUGCUGCUGCUGCUGCUGGGAGUGGGCGCCGCCCUGGCCGCCCAGCCCAGGGUGCAAAACACCGGGGGAGUGUGGCCGAUCCGGACCGCGGACCGCCAGGGACGGCGCACCUGCUACUUCGCCAGCUGGGCGUACUCGCGGGUGGGCGCCGGCAGCUAUGACGUGGAGGACAUCCCGGCCGACCUCUGCACCCACCUCAUCUACGCCUUCGUCGGCGUCAGUAACGUCACGUGGGAGGUGCUCAUCCUGGAUCCGGACCACGACACGGGCGAGGACGGCGCGUUCCGGCGGUUCACCGACCUGAAGAAGCGCUACCCGGGCCUGGUCACCACGGUGGCCAUGGGCGGCUGGGGCGAGGGCGGCAAGAAGUACUCGGAGCUCGUGUCGGACCCCGGCCGCCGCCAGUCCUACAUCAAGAGCAUGGUCGCGUUCAUCAAGAAGUACAACUUUGACGGCCUGGACGUGGACUGGGAGUACCCGGGAGCGGCCGAUCGAGGCGGCGCAUACGCGGACAAGGUCAACUUCGUCAAAUUUAUGCAAGAAGUGCGGGCGGCGUUCGACGCCGAGAACCCCGCCUGGGAGCUGACCAUGGCCGUGGGCGUGGUGGAGUUCCGCAUCGGCGACGGCUACGACGUGCCGGCGCUGUGCUCGGUCAUCACGGCCGUGCACGGCAUGACGUACGACCUGCGCGGCAACUGGGUGGGCUACGCCGACGUGCACACGCCGCUGCACAAGCGGCCCGGGCUCGACCAGUGGAGCUACGAGAAACUCAACGUGGAGGACGGCAUGAAGGUGUGGGUGCGCCACGGCUGCCCGCAAGACAAGCUCCUGGUCGGCCUGGCCGUCUACGGCCGCACCUACACACUCACCGACCCCAAGAGCCACGACGAGGGCGCCUACAUCAAGAAAUGGAUCGGCGGCGGGGCGCCAGGACCCUACACUAACGCCACCGGCACGCUCGCCUACUACGAGAUCUGCUCCAUCGUGGACAGCUGGGGACAGGAGUUCGAUGACAUCGGCAAGUGUCCGUACGCCUACAAAGAUGACCAGUGGGUGGGCUACGAGGACCCGCACAGCAUCAAGUUCAAGACCGACUUCAUCAAGGCCAACGGGUAUGGCGGCGGCAUGGUCUGGUCGACCGACAUGGACGACUUCGGGAACAUGUGCGGUCACGGUGCCAACCCUGUGAUGCGCGUCAUCCACGACGAGCUCAAGGACUACAUUGUACCACCGACGCCGACCACGCCUCCCACCACCAAGCACACUUGGUACCCUCCCCACACCACCCGUCCGACGCCGACGCUGCCACCGCCGCCGCCGGGCGCCAACUGUUCGAUGGGCUACGACUACCUGCCGGCGGCGCGCUGUGACCAGUACUACUGGUGCGUGGCGGGCGUGCCGGAGCUGAAGACGUGCCCCGAAGGCCUGAUCUGGGACCAGAAGCGCAUCGAGUGUAACUGGCCGGCAGAGGUGCACCCGGCCAACUGCACCAUGCCCUCUAAUCAGGCGUGGACGGCGUCGCCGAAGGUGGUGUCACCUGCAGCGACCCCCGAGGCCAAAACGGCGGCCCCCGAGGCCGAAGCGGCGGCCUCAGCGCAGCCUACUGAGCAGCCCAAGGUGAAGCCCGAGGAGGUGAGGCGCCUGCAGCAGAUCCUCAGCAACACCCUGAAGCAGGCCAAGGACAAGAAGAAGCAGUGAGAACAGUGUCCGUGCCACCCAAGGCCAGUGAGAGUCGGACAGGGGUCGUCUGUGCUUUUGUGCAAGUGAGAUAUGCUCCCAUCAAAAUGGCUGUGUAAAUACUUUUGAUCUCGAUAUGUUGUGUACAUUAGUGGUGAAAAACUGAUCAAAUUUUCCAGAGAUGGAAGACUCGGUGCUGCUGUGGAAAACCUGAUGAUGCCGAUGCUUAAGUAUUCACUAAUUUUCUUAGUCCAAUUACAGCUCUCGUCAGAGUUAAAAGGAUCAGACCGUUAUUCAAAACCCACAAUGCAAUGCCGUUCGGUGAAAAGUACGACUCCAAUACAUAAAAGGCAAUGGCCCAUAUUUA